UAAAUGUUAUUAAUAAUAGUAAUAAAAUCAGCUAUGAUGCUGAACCAGAGAGUCAGUUUGUGGUUCCCAUCAUCGUUGCUGAUCUGGAUGCUGAGCCGAGCGGGUGGGGCCUGGCUCGGUUCAGAGACAGACUGUGCUCACUGACCGGAGACUCCUCCAGCUUUUUAUUUCUCCAGUCCAAAAUCAAACUGCAUGUGUGACCCAAGGUCGGCCUGCUGCUGCUGGACCGAAGCUGCAGUCAUUUUCCCGAUCAGCCACAGAUGGAUGCUGCUCUGUCCUAAAGGAGGAGGAAGCGAAGGAUAAAAACCCCCCAGCACAUUUGUUGGCAUUUUCGCAGGAAAGGCAUGACUCUUUAUUUAUUAUAAGGACGACAUCUCCGCUGUUAGCAAUGCGAAGCGCCUUGUGAUUUUCAUUUCGCGAUCCUGUCAAAUAAUUAUGAACAACGCGCAAGAUAUGUCGCCCGAUUUCGUGUUGAUGCGCCUUGUGUCCGCAGCCGAGGAGGACCGCUUGGAGGGAGAAAACGGGAAUUUGCCGACGGGAGGAGUGGUGGUCGGGCUGGGGAAUGAUGUCCUGGCUUACAGCGGCGUUAAAUCGGCUUUGGAUAUCAGCCGAGGUCCGACGGAGACGGCGGGGCUGGAGCAUCCCAGCAGCCUCCUGAACAAAGGCCAGCCGAGCAGUGACACCACGGCGGCACCUGACAGCGGGGGCACGGAGGGCCGGGUCCCGCAGAGCUCCAUGGACCCCCAGGGGUUCGACUUUGUCCCGAGCCCCGGCCUGCGACCGCAGCUGCUUGUCUUCUCCAAUAUAAUGCGCAACGGAGAUGGGAUUUUGGAUUUAGACCGUCGGGAUGCGCUGGAAUUGGGCCCAGCUGUUAACAACAACAACAACACCCCGAGUCCUGGAGACGUCGAGCGGCACCACGACCUGCUGGAUCAGAGACCAUCAACCUUGCAGUCUUCCGUCGAUUCAUCUGCGGAGAGUCCGGGAUCUGCCGAGAUGUGCCACCGGCAUCGAUUUAUCACCAACCCCCACAACUGGCCCCUAUUAUCGGACAGAUCCGGACCCCUUCCCGGAGGGGACUCUAGGGGCCAAGAGGACGCCGUGUUUGAGUUGGCAAGGCGGUUUGGUGAGCUAGGGGUCGGACCCAGGAUGCUGUUUAAAGGAGCUGAGCUGCCGCAGUGCUCCUGCCAGGGCGCACAGGGUUCGGUAGAUGGACAAGCAGAACCAAGAGACGACCCAACCGAGACCAGCGAUGCCCUUUUGGUCCUGGAGGGGCUGGGGAGUAGGGGCAUUAAUGGCUUGGGUAUAGAGGAGUGUCCGGAGGUUGGGUUGGAUGAUGAAAACGGACACGGCGAGUUUUUACUCAAAAGGAAACGGGAAAUAAUCCAUAAGAUGUCCGGGACUUUCUCCAUCAGCAGCUUCCAAGUGGAACUGAGGACACAGAUCGAAAAGAUGGGCCUGCCGACGACCCAAGCAGGUUCUGAAGGUUCUGCUCAGGUUUUAGCUAAGUCAUCGACACCUGCCCAGAACUCACCUUGGACCACCACGCCAAACCCAAGCCAAGCUUCUACGCCCAGAAGAGGGAAGCGGUGCACCAGUGCGCCCCGGACUCCCACCUACCGGGGUGCAGGUGGAGAGAAAACGUUCAAAGUUCCGGGGAAGUCCAAAAAGAACUCGUUAAAGACCCGAUUGAGUAAACUGUUCCGGACUAAAAGCUGCAGUGGGUCGAAUCACAUCCUGGACAAGAGACCCUCGGUGUCUUAUUCAGUGUCCUCAGCCAUGAGUCUGGUGGACAUGGAAGGUGGAUCUGGAGCCGAGCAGGAUGCCGACAGCCACAGGGAACCCAGACUGACCAGGGCCCACAGUGCCUUCUCCCCUGCCUCCCUCUCUGCCUCCCUCUCGACUUUCACUGGCGAAACAGUUUCUCUGGUGGAUGUGGAUAUUUCUCUACGAGGGUCGAAAACGUCGCAUCCUCCAACUCCUCCACGCCGAAGCCUCAGUCUGCUGGAUGACAUAGCGGGGCCUCAACCGGGGCCUUUCCUAGUUAGUAUUAUGGGCGCCUCCCUGCAGUCUCUCCCUCUUCCUCACCCUCCUCUUCCUCCUCCCUCCCACUCCACCAUCCAGCACAGUCUCAGCCUCAAUGAUGCCUUUUUCCGGGCCCUUCCUCAUUCGAAUCCUUUGCCGUCGGACGCCGCUCCACCAACGAGACGGGCUGCUCCUCCGGUGCUGUGUGCGCUGCGGCGAUCCGAAGCCAGCAACUUCACAGCCAGUCUGAGAGAGCUGGAGAAGUGCGGCUGGUACUGGGGUCCUAUGAACUGGGAAGACGCUGAGGUGAAGCUGAAGGGUAAACUCGACGGAUCGUUUUUGGUCCGAGACAGUUCUGACCCCAGAUACAUCCUGAGCCUGAGCUUCAGGUCGCAGGGAGUCACACACCACACGCGCAUGGAGCACUAUCGAGGGACAUUCAGCCUGUGGUGUCAUCCGAAGUUCGAGGACCGCUGCCAUUCUGUGGUGGAAUUCAUUGAGCGCGCCAUCAUGCACUCCAAGAACGGCAAAUUCCUCUACUUCCUCCGCUCCAGAGUUCCAGGGCUCCCACCAACUCCAGUUCAGCUCCUGUAUCCUGUAUCCCGCUUCAGCAACGUGAAGUCCUUGCAGCAUCUCUGUCGCUUCUGCAUUCGGCAAAUAGUCCGCAUCGACCACAUCCAAGAGCUUCCACUGCCCAGAUCACUGAUCUCCUACCUUAGUAAGUUUUAUUACUACGACCCUGAGGAGGAGAUGUAUCUGUGAAUCAAUAGCAUCCGGAGGAUCGUAGCAGAGCAGGAGGCCAACCCGCAGACAUAGCAGCAUACAUAUCCUAACCCAAAGUCUCUAAUGGAGAAUUUAUCUGCGCUGUUCUGCAGGUCUUCCAGCAUCGGUCUCUGGAAGAGCGUAUACAGCCAAACUGGAACAGACUCUAUGUACGCAGCUCACCGCUUUCUGGAGAAAAAUGAUGGAAAAAAAACCCCCUGCUGUUUCAAAAUCAGAAGAACUAAGAGAAAAGUUACUGACAGAAACUAAAAGAGCCUCGGUCAGCUCUGCUUUCCUGUUUCUAGAACCAGUUUGACUUUUAAAACAUGAUUCACUGGUCGAUUUGUAUAACUGUUGUCCCAAGGUAAAGGCCUUGCUUUUCUUUCUAUUUUGUAAAAACCUGGGAUUUUGGAUUUAGAGAUGCCUGCAGGAUAGAAACGUACCUCGAGCCAAGCCAAGCCGGCCACCAGCACUGACAAGAAAACCUCAGACCUCUCCGGAAGACGGGUUCCUGCUUUUUGUGGAUGCAGUGAUCGUUCCUUAUGUUGCUGUCAGUCAAACAUGGAAAAAAGAUGUUAUAUUUAGGAAUAAAGACGCCCCUUCAGCCUCCUGCUUUAUCUGCUGUGGUGUUUACCAAUCAAAUAGUCAUAAACCUACGGAAGCUCAGAGCCGAUGUUUUCCACUUGGAUUUUUUCAGAUGGUUUUCUUGAGAUGACGAGUCAAUCUGGAGAAAACAAAGCUUGUUUUCUCAACAUCACGAGGCGAUUGGUGUGUGUUAAAUUUGAAUCCAUCCUUCAAAUGCAUGUCGUUGUGCAUGCAUGCACUUCUGGAGAAAACCAUCGGGACAUUAUCUCGUUUUCUCAAGGAAAGCAUUGGAAAAUUAACUCGUUAUCUUGAGAAAACAAUCGUGAAAAUUAAUUUAUCAAAGUCAAAGUUUAUUUAUAUAGCACAUUUACAACAACUCCAGUUGACCAAAGUGCUUCACAAUAGUCACAUCACAGGUAGAUAAAUUCAA